AUGAACCUGGGUGUCAACUCGGGUACAACAGAUACUACUAACUCAUCACAAAAAUUAAUAGCACAACAAAUAAAAGAAAAGCUAAUACAUCAUACACAAGCUGAAAAGAUUAAAAAAGAUGAAAUUUCAAAUGAAACUACAAUAAAAAAUUGGAUUAGUGGGUUUUCACAUCAUUGGAAAGAAGCUAUAGCCUUGUGGGCUUUAGAUGAAACAAAAAAUUCCGAACCUUUCUAA